AUGGGCUGCUGCGAGAGCACCGACGUGGCGGCGGCCGCGGUGCCUGAGCCGGAGGCCACAGGCGAGGGAGACCCGGGCCUUGGUUCGCCAGCAAAGGAUUUUCUCUCCAGGCAAACUUUGUUAGAAAACUCAGCCACUGGAUCCACCAGCUCAGUCAUCCCAGAGCCCGGAGCCCGGCUGCAGGCCUACAUAGACAGCCACCCUGUGGUCAUCUUCAGCAAGUCCACGUGCAAACGCUGUGCUGAGGUAAAGAAGUUAUUUAAAUCAAUGUGUGUUCCUUAUUUUUUGCUGGAACUUGAUCAGGCAGAGGACGGGUCGCGCCUCGAGGGAGCGCUGGGCGAGCUGACCGCGGAGCCCGACCUUCCCGUUGUGUUUGUGACGCGCAGAGAGCUAGGCGGCCAUGGUCCGACCCUGAAGGCUUAUCAAGAGGGCAGACUUCAAAAGCUACUAAACAUGAAUGGCUCUAAGGACCCUCCCGAGUCCUACGACUAUGAUCUCAUCAUCAUUGGAGGGGGCUCAGGAGGACUGGCAGCUGCUAAGGAGGCAGCUAAAUAUAACAAGAAGGUGAUGGUCUUAGAUUUUGUCACUCCAACUCCUCUUGGAACUAAAUGGGGUCUCGGAGGAACAUGUGUGAAUGUGGGCUGCAUACCGAAGAAGCUGAUGCACCAGGCAGCUUUGCUAGGACAGGCCGUGCGGGACUCUCGGAACUAUGGCUGGAAUGUUGAGGAGACCGUGGGGCAUGACUGGGGGAAGAUGACGGAAGCCGUGCAGAACCACAUCGGCUCUCUGAACUGGGGCUACCGCGUGGCUCUGCGGGAGAAGAAGGUCACCUAUGAGAACGCGUACGGGCAGUUUGUGGGUCCUCAUAGGAUUAAGGCAACGAAUAACAAAGGCAAAGAGAAAAUUUACUCAGCAGAGAGAUUUCUCAUUGCUACCGGCGAAAGGCCACGCUACUUGGGCAUCCCUGGUGACAGAGAAUACUGCAUCAGCAGUGAUGAUAUUUUCUCCUUAUCUUACUGCCCGGGGAAGACCCUGGUGGUCGGAGCAUCCUAUGUCGCUUUGGAAUGUGCUGGGUUUCUUGCUGGCAUUGGUUUAGAUGUCACUGUUAUGGUACGAUCCAUUCUCCUGAGAGGAUUUGACCAGGACAUGGCCAACAAAAUUGGUGAACACAUGGAGGAACAUGGUGUCAAGUUUAUAAAACAGUUUGUACCAAUAAAGAUUGAACAAAUUAAAGCUGGGACACCAGGCCUACUCAAGGUGGUAGCUCAGUCCACCGAUAGUGACCAAACCAUCGAAGGAGAGUACAAUACGGUAUUGCUGGCAAUAGGAAGAGAUGCUUGCACAAGAAAUAUUGGCUUAGAAACUGUGGGUGUAAAGAUAAACGAAAAGAAUGGAAAAAUACCUGUCACGGAUGAGGAGCAGACCAACGUGCCUUACAUUUACGCCAUUGGCGACAUUCUGGAGGGGAAGCCGGAGCUCACCCCUGUAGCAAUCCAAGCCGGAAGGCUGCUGGCUCAGAGGCUCUACGCUGGCUCCACGGUCAAGUGUGACUAUGAAAAUGUUCCAACAACUGUAUUUACUCCUUUGGAAUAUGGUGCUUGUGGUCUUUCUGAAGAAAAAGCUGUGGAAAAAUUUGGGGAAGAAAAUAUUGAGGUUUACCAUAGUUACUUUUGGCCACUGGAAUGGACGGUUCCAUCAAGAGAUAGCAACAAAUGCUAUGCAAAAAUAGUCUGUAAUAUGAAGGACAGUGAACGUGUUGUGGGCUUCCACAUACUGGGUCCAAACGCUGGAGAAGUCACACAAGGCUUUGCAGCCGCGCUCAAGUGUGGCCUGACCAAGCAGCAGCUGGACAGCACCAUUGGGAUCCACCCCGUCUGCGCAGAGAUCUUCACGACCCUGUCGGUGACCAAGCGCUCCGGGGCGAGCAUCCUGCAGGCCGGCUGCUGA